CUCGCGAUAGAGCGGCGGAGCGGUUUGACGGGCAGUCGAGGUUGCAGCAGGCAGAGGGAGACGGUGGAAGGUAAAGCAGGGAGGCAGCAUCAUGGCGGACAGAGACAGUGGCAGUGACCACGGAGGGCCCACCGCAGGCCCCGGCUCGCUGCCCCCGGGCGCGAUGGGUGCCAUGUCCCGGCUGCAGCACGACACCGAGGAGCUUGCCUCUAAGCGCGUCGACAUCCAGAACAAGCGCUUUUACCUUGAUGUAAAACAGAAUGUUAAAGGCCGCUUCCUAAAGAUAGCCGAGGUCGGGGCUGGGGGAAACAAGAGCCGCCUCACUCUCUCCAUGUCGGUUGCCGUGGAGUUCCGCGAUUAUCUCGGGGACUUUAUCGAACAUUACGCCCAGCUGGGCCCGAGUAAUCCGGACAUGGUGCAGGAUGAGCCCCGGCGAGCGCUCAAGAGCGAAUUCCUAGUGCGGGAGAAUCGGAAAUAUUAUAUGGAUCUCAAAGAGAACCAGAGGGGGCGGUUCCUGAGGAUCCGACAGACCGUUAACCGGGGGCCCGGAUUGGGAAGCGCGCAAGGCCAGACUAUUGCUCUGCCAGCGCAGGGUCUCAUCGAGUUCCGCGACGCUUUGGCCAAACUCAUUGACGACUACGGUGUGGACGAAGAGCCGGCGGAGCUCCCGGAGGGCACCUCGCUCACGGUCGACAACAAGCGCUUCUUCUUCGACGUGGGCUCCAAUAAGUACGGGGUCUUCAUGCGGGUCAGCGAGGUGAAGCCCACGUACCGGAACUCCAUUACCGUUCCGUGCAAAGUGUGGUCCAAAUUCGGCAACACCUUCUGUAAAUACGCGGAGGAGAUGAGGAAGAUCCAGGAGAGGAGUAGAGAGAAACGGGCCUCCGAACUGCUGUCUGAGGGCCCGCACGGUGGAGAUGACGGCGAAGAUGACUGACGCGGAUUUUAAGAGCAGAAAAUGAAACAACAAAGACAAAACUGAACUCUGAGUAAAUGAGACUUUUAACUGUAAAAUAGAGAGAGAAUUUCCAAGGGAAUCACCCCACACACACAACCUCCACAGAAAUGGCAGCACCUCUGCUGUCUCCUCGCUCAUUUUACUGGAUGUCACCCCACUUACCACCCAUGAAACAGUAAGCCGCUGCUAUCAAGGAUUGAAUUGUAAGAUACGAACUGUUUCCUACUUGAUUUAAAUGACAAUGAGAAGAGUGUUUAUAUCUCUAUCAAAUGACAGAUUUUGCACACAUCAAAGCUAUUUAAAAAAUGUUGAAAUGUUUUCAAACUGGUCAUAUGCUAAGUUUUAAUCAAACAUAAAACCAGAGGUCUAUUAUAUAAAUGACAGUCUUCAUGUAGAUCGAAUAUUUGACAUCAGCACAAAGAGAAUAUAUUGUAGACUUUAUGAAACCAAAACCUGAAACCAGAUAUAUAGUUUAUUAUAAGGUACGCAGAAUUAAUAUGAAAGUGCUCAAAAAGUGUAUGAAUUGCAGAACGCAGCACUGCAGGCCUGUAAACACCUGUCAGCAUGCGUACAAGCUCAUGUUUGAAAGAAGUUUGGCAUAAGUGGGCUAUAGUCUUUAAUAUGACCUUAAACACAGUGGGCUAAAGAAAGCUCUCCUCUUAUGCUAUAAUGGAAAGAUCGAAACUCAAAUUAUAAAUUACCUAUUUUGUGCACCUCAAACAAAUGGGAUUAAUCUAUUUCUGAGCUCCUUUAUUAAAUAUCAACCCUCUUGCACCAUGUCCAUAUAAACUUUAAUGAAAAAAGUGCUAACUUAGAUGUAAUAAUUAUGAUUUUGUGAAUCAGCUGUAAAAAAAAAAUCCUUAUUAAGACACCCACGUUUUCUGUGGGUUAAGUUUUUCUUUGUUACUUUGUUGUUUUUUCCUCUGGGGGGUGGGGGAUGCAAAAUGAUAAGGUCCACUCGUGGGAGCGCAAGGCGUGGAAACAAAACAAAAAAAGAUGCGUCAGCGCAGAGCGCAGUGAGGCAAUGCAUCCUCUCUGACGUCAUUACGACCCGUGCCUUAUACACUCCACUCGUUUACGUGUUCUCACGUGGAUGGUCUGUGACCUCGACCGCUGUCCGUUUUCAUUUACGAGUGCUGAUAUGUUGGCUGAAAUAUAUUCUCGCCAGGGCUGCGGGAUCACACCCCUGGGGUGCAAGGAACAUGGGUGGCAACAACAAAAGUAAGCUGAAAGGCUGCAAGGAGCAUGGGGCCAACGAUGAUAGUGGACAGAAACAGAGCUCCAAGCUGUAUCAGGCCCUUCAGAGAGAUGAGGUGCUACAAACGUAAACUUUGCAAACGGGGGUGGGGGGGGGGGCUCAAUGUGAUCGCACCCUAAACCCCAGUAUCCCUAGCAGCAACCCUGGCCUGCUGGCCUCUCAGAGUAGAAAUGUGUCUGCCUGGAACAGCAGGAUGACCCAUGAUGUACUGCCUGUGGCAGCAUUGGGUGUGUGGAGGCUAAGUACACUAUAUGCACCGUAAUGUAAAAAAACAAAAAAACAGCAACAACAAAAAAAGCUAAAUCAGGAGUGGCUGGAUGAGGCUAUUCGUCAGAGGUGAGAUGGAUGCUGUUAAAGAGCCAGGCAGUCAGCCAGCCUGGCAGACCAGCCGGCCGGUCCCAUGCCGUCAGUCUGAGUGCAGUCCAGUGCGUGUAGAGGCCUCAGUGCCGGGCCGAGGCAGUUUCUAUCUCUUUAUGGUGCUACAGCCCCUUUAUUGCUCCAUGGGGGCCUCGCCGUUCAGAAUAUGUCACUUUUGCAUUAUUUUUAUUCUUAUCCUUUUUUUCUCUUCAGAGUUUUUUCUCCACAUUAUGUUGUCCACGAGGUGUCAGGUUUCUGCCACCCAGGCAGAGAGGAAGCCACUGACUUGUGUAGGACAUUUCAUAUUAGUGUGCAAUAUUGUGUGCGUGCCAAUAGCGGCAUUGUAUCACGUGUAUAGACUAUUAAAAGACGAAACAUGUAUAGGCUAUGUGAUCAGUAGAUAUUCGAAAGCAUGAUGAUAAGGUUGAUGCAUUUUAUUUCCAAAAUGUGAAGUCUCUCUUCUAAUGCACUUCUUCAAAAGUGAAAAAAGUCAGACUAGUAGUGAGCUAUUUUCAUGUCAUGUUCUGUAAACCAGUAGGCUGCCUUGUUUGUCUAUCAGUAUGCGUAGACUAGGUUGGGUGUUUUACGUCUCCCUUCCAGAGAAACCCUUUCCCCGUCAUUCCUCCACUAACAAAAACACAAACAACACAGACAGUCUUCCUAACUGUCUCUGUCAGCCCUGGUGCGGGGGACCCACGCUGAAGUUCAAUAGUAUCUUAGGGCUUGGGUCUAGUAGGGGCUAACACACACACACACACACACACACACACACACACACACACACACACACACACACACACACAAACACACACACACACGCACACACACAGAGUCUUUCCUUGUUUAGGCCUCAUGAUGCUAUCCGAGUGUUUGGAGGCCUCUGAAGUAUUUGAAUGGUAGAGGUGUGCAGGGUGUUCUCUCUUACUUGAGACUGCCCACCACAGGUGAACUUUAUUUGGCUUUAGCUUGUCCGCCGUUUAGCAUGAGUUAAGUAACCAUGAUUGAACCAAGGACACCUACAGAAGAGAGGCUUGUUAUGUUGACAGUGAGGAUCUCAAUCCUUCUCUUGUGUACCCUCUGUCAGACACAUAGUCCUGUCCUUCAUUGUGACCCUCUCAACCUCGAGGCUUCCACUAGCGUGAGUUUUAACAAAUCAUGCCCCCAAGUGGUUAUUCCACCUACCAGCUGUAUUUAAAGUAGGUUGGACUACACCUCUUAGUACGACUGAGCUGGUCACAGGCCAUGUCAGAGUAACAUGCCAUUAAGGUGGCAUGAUGAGGAGACACAGACUGCAUGGAUCGCAGCUUAAGAGACCUCAGCUGGAUAAAAGCUGCUAAUGUUGUUACAGCCUGGGCCUGCCAGACAUACGAGAUAUCUGAGGCUAGAUUAAAGUGGAAAGCACUCGAGGUAAAACAGAAUCAAAAGUACUUUGAAUCCUUAGUUAUAAAAGUUGAUCUGUGUUUGAUUGGGCAUGGCUGCAACAACUGAGCCAAGAAUAAUGUUCAAGGAAAUUCCAUCUGUUCUACGGAGGACAUUUUGGCUCAGGUUUGUCUCUGUGUUCUGGUGAAAGGCCUUAUGAAGCCUGGCACUGCACUGUGGGGGGCUUACCAGAAGCAGCCAAGCACGACCUACUGACCCGUCUGUCAGCCAGUUAGUAGUUUUUUUUUUCUCAGUUUUGGAGAAGAGGAGAAAUCUCUUCCCCUCUCGCAGAACUGACGUUAUUUCCUCACACUGCCCCUUGAACUAUUUAAAGACUAUUUCCAUCAAACAUAUAAAAGCCACCAAUGACUAUGUGCCCAGCAAAGCACAUCUGAGGUCGUUCUGAGUUCAUCUCGAGUUCAACAUGAAUCUGGACUUUCUUUUGUGAUUCAGCACUUACUCUCCAAAGUGUCCUAGCUUUAGCUUGAUUAAAUUCAGGCCUCUUGGAGGCUCAUGCUACAUGAAGACUGGAAAUACGACACUUCCUUUCUCUCUUUCUCUUACGGCCAAAUAUAAGGAGAGCCUAAACCUGCUCAUAGUUCACUUUAUGAAUGCCUCACACUAUUAAACGCACACUUAUUCUUAAAGAUUAAAAGACGUGUCUUGUUUUGUUAGAGACUGUAUUUGGCAGGUGCUACUGGGUCAGUUGUGUUUUCGUGCAGAAUGAUUGUGUUGUGUUUCAUGACUUGUCUAUAUAGGAAAGUAGCUUUACCUGAAUUACAGAGGAGGGGUGGGUACUUGUGAUUUUUGCUGAAAACAAUGUGAUGGAAUGUGAUUUCUCAGUUUUUGGGACCUCAUCCAGUGUCACAGCCAAACCUGGAGUGACCUUGCAGCCAUGUUGUAAUCACAUUAUAUCGUCAUCCAUUUCUGGGACUCAAAUGCGAAAUAGUUUGAAGAAAAGUUUUUUUCUGUCCUGCUUUCUGUAUGAAGCGUCAGUGAUCAAGCUGUGUGCUCUGUAUGGUUGUAGGUGCACUAAAGCACUGAGAAAAAUAAUGUCUUGAUUUAAGAUACAGCGGUAGCCAUCGUAGCAAUCCCGAAUCAUGAUGCUGUCCUGUCUCUUCUCUGUGAUCCCUGCAGAGUUCAUCACAUCACAUUUGAUCUAAAAAAAAAAGCUUUUUGUCCGUUAAAUAAAACGUGACUCGACCAUGUCUUACACAUUCUGAUCGAUGGUAAAGAUGAUAGAUGUAACUCAAAAUGCAGAAGUAGUUACUCGUUGCAUGCACUCAUAGUCAGAUUGCUAUGAUGGCUGACGUUGUAGGUGCUUUGUUUGCUUGUUCCCUGUGUCUUGAGUUGGAAGAUUAUACUUCCUUCCAUGUUUCUGACCGCACUUAAACAGCCACAUGUAUAUGACUGAUAACAGCAACUUUCCGCGAUUAAAAUGUGGGUGUACAAGUACCGUCUGAAAACAGAAGAAAUCUCCAUGAGGUGUUUUAGACGACAGAAUCUGCUCUGUUUUUGGUUUCAGUGUUGUAGUGUUUCAUUGGCCAUUCAGAGUUCCUGGUUAAUCACACAGCCAAUUGCAGCCUCUGGUCAAAGCCAAGCACUAAUGACUCACCAUAAACCACUGACAGAGGAGCUCAUUCAGCACGCUUUCUGUUUGCACACACACUGAGUUGUAGGGUCCAUCGUGUUUGCAGAUUGUACAGGCUACUGUCGUGUUCAGCUGUAAAGAAGUUCUUUCAAAUGUUGGGAAAUGGAUCAUGGAUUUUAAGGGAUGGGGUCAAUGCACAAUGAACAUAUCCCAUGUCACCAUUCGGUCUAAAUCCCUUUACCAUCCCCAUAUGAGAUAAUAUGUUGUAUCUUUCAAAAAUAUUUUAUCUGUGGUGUGUGUGUGUAUAUAUAUAAAUAUAUAUAUGGUUUGUUAUAUAUGAUGCUCCUCCUUUCAGAAAAUAUAACAUGUAAACAGGAAAAACAUAUUGCUGUUUUUUUCCUUUGUAUUUUAUACUUACAGAAAGCAUUGAAUAAAAAUGGAUAAAUACUUGCACUUUAGAUAUAUUAAGAAAAUAAAAAUCUGCAUAUUAUUUUUGAUAGGGAUCUCACAUUCAAAGAGUAUAAAUUACAGGCUUUGUGACUUAUUGCUGGACAGAGAUGUAUUGAGUUCUACUUAUUGAAGUAUAUUUUGUCUGUGUGUCAGAAGGUUUACUAAAGUAAAUUGCAUGAUAAAGUAGUGCUACACCGGUAUUGUUCUUUUUUUUUAGUUGGUAAAAAUGUCUGAAAACUGUGAUAACAACCCUCUUGUAUCAUGUUUAAUCUCUCCUCACCCCCUCUAGAAUAUUUCUUACUGAAAUAUGGCCUUUCCUGACUACAUGACGAUGGUGCUUACUUUGGCUUUGACAUCAAGCUCAUUCUUUACAUCUCAACAUCAUCAUAACUCGCGUCCUUACACUUCAUUACUUUCUGUUAUGUACUCUCACUACCUUAUUAAAUUUCCGUUGAUGGCAAAAACGCUAUGCUGUUUUGUACAUUGUUGUUUGUUUUAAUGUUUGGGGAGCCUUGUUGUCUGAAAAAUGACUAAUCGCGCAAUAAAAGGUCAUUCCACA